CAGACAGUACCGCCCCCACCGCGCCCGCCUUGCACACCCUCAGAAGCGCAGGCUCGCAGCGCGGCGCUGGGGGGGGGGCUCCCCAGCACCUUGGCCUCGAGUCCCCAGCCCGCUGCACCUCCGGGCCCCCCCCCUACCCUCUAGAGAAACCAGGAGUUGUCGCAAGGGGGCCUCGGGAAAUUCCCUGGACCCCAGUGCCAGGAGGUGCCCGGUUCGCCCGCUCCCCAUCCACCCCCCCGAGGGCGGUGCCCGGGGGCGCUGCCCCAUGGAGCGGGGAGGCGGGCGCCGUCUGCUGCGGGAGCCGUGACCUGAGUAGGAGCUGUGUGUCGCAGCCGCCCCACCCCUGCCGAUCAUGCGCCGGCGACCCUGGCUCGCCAGUCCCACCGGGCUGUGAGCCCCCCACUCGUGGCCUGUCAAGGCCCGCGCGCCAUGGGCAGCGCCCACCCUCACCCCUGGCUGCGGCUCCCACCCCGGCCCCAGCCGCGGCCUGAGCUCUGGGCGCUCCUGUUCUUCCUACUGCUGCUGGCUGCCGCUGUGCCCAGGUCAGCACCCAACGACAUCCUGGGCCUCCGCCUACCCCCAGAGCCUGUACUCAACGCCAACACAGUGUGCCUCACAUUGCCCGGCCUGAGCCGGCGGCAGAUGGAGGUGUGCGUGCGUCACCCUGACGUGGCCGCCUCUGCUAUCCAGGGCAUCCAGAUCGCCAUCCACGAGUGCCAGCAUCAGUUCCGGGACCAGCGCUGGAACUGUUCCAGCCUGGAGACUCGGAACAAAGUCCCCUACGAGAGUCCCAUCUUCAGUAGAGGUUUUCGAGAGAGUGCUUUCGCCUACGCCAUAGCAGCUGCCGGGGUGGUGCACGCAGUGUCCAACGCAUGCGCCUUGGGUAAACUACAGGCUUGCGGUUGCGACGCCUCCAGGCGUGGGGACGAAGAAGCCUUCCGUCGGAAGCUGCACCGCCUGCAGCUGGACGCGCUGCAGCGCGGUAAGGGCCUGAGCCACGGGGUCCCAGAACACCCUGCUCUGCCCCCUGCCAGCCCAGGCCUGCAGGACUCCUGGGAGUGGGGUGGCUGCAGCCCGGAUGUGGGCUUCGGAGAACGUUUCUCCAAGGACUUUCUGGACUCCCGGGAGCCUCAUAGAGACAUUCACGCCCGCAUGAGACUCCACAACAACCGUGUUGGCAGGCAGGCGGUGAUGGAGAACAUGCGGCGGAAGUGCAAGUGCCAUGGCACCUCAGGCAGCUGCCAGCUCAAGACGUGCUGGCAGGUGACGCCCGAGUUUCGUGCCGUGGGGGCGCUGCUGCGCAACCGCUUCCACCGCGCCACGCUCAUCCGGCCGCACAACCGCAACGGUGGCCAGCUGGAGGCCGGCCCCGCCGGGGCACCCUCGCCAGCUCCCGGCACUCCAGGGCUGCGCCGAAGGGCCAGCCACUCCGACCUGGUCUACUUUGAGAAAUCGCCCGACUUCUGUGAGCGCGAGCCUCGCCUGGACUCGGCGGGCACUGUGGGCCGCCUGUGCAACAAGAGCAGCUCGGGCCCCGACGGCUGCGGCAGCAUGUGCUGUGGCCGCGGCCACAACAUCCUGCGCCAGACGCGCAGUGAGCGCUGCCACUGCCGCUUCCACUGGUGCUGCUUCGUGGUCUGCGAAGAAUGCAGAAUCACCGAGUGGGUCAGCGUCUGCAAGUGAGCGGGCCCGGGCUCCUCUGGGUCUGAGGAAAGGUUCGCCACCUGGCGCCUGGCUUCUGCCGCUAGUGGUCUGGGCCAGAGAGGAGCAGCAGCAGCCGCAGCAGCAGCAACAGCAGCAGCAGCAGCAGCAGCAGCAGCAGCAGCAGCAGCAGCAGCAUCCUUGGCUCCUGAGAGAGGUGGUUGGCUCUUCCUGCUCUCAGGAUCUGCAAUCAGCAGACAGUCUAGACCCAACUGACAACCCUCUCUGUGGGUUCCCCUCUACCGGCUCAGGCUCCUAGUUCGGACAGCUGGGAGUGAUGUUGGAGACUGCCCCACACCCUAGGACAUGUCACCAAAACAGCCCAGCCUGGCAGGCCUAUCUCCUGUCGUCUUUUCUCCCCUUCCCCAGGAGCAGCAGGCAGUGCACCGAAGCUGAUGGGUACCGGGCGGAAGAAAACUAAAAUGAAGAAACAGACAUAAUCAGGCUGAAGCGAUUCUACAAAGGCCCCCAGAUACUCUCCCGCCAAGGCUUCUGCUCCCAUCAUUCAUUUAACAGAUAUUUAUUUUGCACUCUCUUUGUGGCACUCUCUGGGGAAAGAGAAGCCUUCUGGAGUUUACAGGCUUACUAAGGGAAGUGGACAAUAAACCAGU